AUGGCGAUAUCAACAUCCUCCCUCUUCUCCCAAAACAAACCACCACCUCUCUCCACGAACGUCAACACAUCCCCCGACAUGGCGUGCGCCAAAGACUCCUCCGACAGCCUCUCCUCCCACGACGCAAGCGCAGACUUCUCCGGUGAGGUCAACACGAAUAACAACAUCCCCUCUCAAGAAACAUUGAAGCGCGUCGAGAACCUUCCAAUUCUAGAUCAGGAUGGCAGAUCGAUACCUUUCAAGAAUUUAUAUACUGGGCCGAACGUAACGAGGAGGGUAUUGGUUAUUUUCGUACGGCAUUUCUACUGCGGUAACUGUCAAGAAUACAUCCGCUCCCUCACAGCCUCCAUCACCCCGGCCUCCCUCCUCUCCCUCCCAACACCAACCUUCAUCGCCAUAGUCGGCUGCGGCUCCCCCUCCCUGAUAUCCAUGUACCAAUCCGCGACGUCCUGCCCGUUCCCCAUCUACGCCGACCCCACCAAGAAACUCUACAGCGAGCUCGGUAUGCUGCGAACGCUCAACCUCGGCGCCCGCCCCGAAUACCAGCGCAAGGAACUCCUCAGCAUCAUGGUCGCGGGUUUCGUGCAGAGUAUGAAGAUGAUGAAGAGCGGGCAGACGCUCAAAGGCGGUGAUAUGUACCAGGUUGGCGGAGAGUUCAUGUUCGAGCCUGUCGAUGACGGAAGUCCAGUCGGUACACCUGAGGGCGAGCUGGAGAAGAUGCUAAGUGGGGGUGGGGGUCACGACACCGACGAGAAGACAACUCCCAACGAAAACACGAAUGCGAAUCUGGGAGGGGCUGCGAAGGGGGAGAGCGGCAUGUUGGAACAUGGUCCUGUGGAAGCGAAGCGCGUGACGUGGUGUCACCGUAUGCGCAACACCCGGGAUCAUGCUGAGAUUCCAGAGCUGAGGGAGGUGCUGGGGUUGGAUGGGGAGGGGGUUCUGGGAAAGAAUAAGAAGAGGUGGACGAAGGCGCUGGUGGAGAGGAAGGGGACGGGGUUAAGCUCGAGGAGCGUGGAUGGUGGUGCUACGAAUAAUGCGGGUGCGAAUGAGGGGUUUAUGAGGAAGGUUAAGGAGCUUGAUGGGGGGAGGGGAGAGAGUGGUUCGGAUAAGGAGAAUGAGAAUGCGGGGAGGUGA